UGCAACGACAAAUAUCUUCUUCAGUAUUGCUGAAGAGGGUUAUGGCAGAAUUUACAGCUCAAGACGGGAAACCAGGAGACCAUUAUAAAAGAGCCGCGAGAUUAAAAAAAGAGAGGAGGUGCGCAUGCCUGGCGCAUAUGGGACAUAUUACAACAAGGGAAGAUUUGAUUUGUGCUGCAAGGACCAACAGCCCACUUCACUGAUGAGGUCCAAAGCAAACGUCAGAGAGGUGUGACCCGCUCUCACCAACGGUGCAAAACACGGCCACUGAAACGCACUUUGGGUCUUCCCUGUUCCCCACAGGAUUGAGUCCUGUUGUCCACGUUUUCUGGUUGAAUUUGUCCCCAGGAUCAUUCAAAACUGUUUCUCCAACGCUUCUACCAAAAACUUAGACUGUUUUCCAAAGCAGAAUCGGCCCAGCCCUCCCAGGUGGAAGUGAUGGGGAGUGUGCGAAGCCACCGUUACAGCAUUGUGUCCUCUGAGGAAGACGGCAUGAAGCUGGCUACUAUUGCUGUCCCCAAUGGCUACGGAAAUGGCAAUGUCAACAAGGGACACACAGAGCACCAGCGUCAGAGCCGCUUUGUCAGGAAGGACGGCCACUGCAAUGUGCAGUUUAUCAAUAUGAGUGAGAAAGGCCAGCGCUACCUGGCAGAUAUCUUCACCACUUGUGUGGACAUUCGCUGGCGCUGGAUGCUGCUGAUAUUCUGCCUUUCUUUCCUGCUGUCAUGGUUGUUUUUUGGCUUUGUCUUCUGGGUAGUGGCCCUCUCUUAUGGGGACUUAGAGAGUGAGACUCAGAUGUGUGUUUCCAAUGUGGACAGCUUUACUGCUGCCUUUUUGUUCUCAGUGGAGACUCAAACCACCAUCGGCUAUGGCUAUCGCUAUGUGACAGAGGAGUGCCCCAUUGCAGUUUUUAUGGUGGUCUUUCAAAGCAUUGUGGGCUGCAUCAUUGAUGCUUUUAUCAUCGGUGCUGUCAUGGCCAAGAUGGCCAAGCCCAAAAAGAGGAAUGAGACCCUGGUGUUCAGCCACUAUGCUACAGUGGCAAUGAGGGAUGGCAAACUUUGCCUGAUGUGGCGGGUGGGUAACAUGAGGAAGAGUCACCUGGUGGAGGCCCAUGUAAGGGCCCAGCUCCUUAAGUCCCGCACCACUGCUGAGGGAGAGUUUAUCCCUCUGGACCAGGUAGACAUCGACGUGGGCUUUGACAGCGGCAUUGACAGAAUCUUCCUGGUGUCUCCAAUUACCAUUGUGCAUGAGAUUGAUGAGGACAGCCCAUUCUACGAGAUGGGUAAGCAGGAGUUGGAAACAGCAGAGUUUGAGAUUGUAGUGAUUCUGGAGGGCAUGGUUGAGGCUACAGCCAUGACUACUCAGUGUCGGAGCUCCUAUGUGGCCAGCGAGAUUCUCUGGGGCCACCGUUUUGAGCCGGUGCUCUUUGAAGAAAAGAACUACUACAAAGUGGACUACUCUCGGUUUGAUAACACCUAUGAGGUGCCCAGCACACCCAAUUGCAGUGCAAGAGAACUGGCCGAGAAGAAGUCCAAUGCCUCCAGCUCCAGGAACUCAUUUUGUUAUGAGAAUGAAGUGGCCCUUGAAAAGGUUGAGAUGGAGGAGGAGUUUGAGGAGGAGGAAAACAGGGUGAUGAGGGGUGCUGAGGUUUGUGCACUUGAGGAUACAAACCCAGAUGUGGUGUCAGACUCUGAAUGCAAUCUGGACUCCUUGCCUUUAGAAUCCACGCCUUUGACGGCAGAAUCUGAAAUAUGACUGGAGGUGUAGCAGAGGUUUAAAAACUACCACAGGGUAUGUUAAAGUUUGCUUGAACUUUGGUCCUGAUUGCUGUUUUUGAAAUUGCAUGACAGUUUGUAAAAGACUGCAAUUUGAGUCCUCUAUGCAGAAGCUCGUGCACGAUACACCAAGGAAAUACAAACAUGUUAUACUGUUUAUGGUGCAAGUGGUGAUAAAUGAACUGGUUGCAUGGAGCAAGAAGGAUACAAAUGGGUUAGAUGCCCUCACUUACACACUGUUCAGUCUGUUUAUGUGCAUACUGCAUGACAGUAUCUAAGGUAAAAUAUUUAUUAGAAUAGCAGUUUGGGGUCAGAUUUGCUUAUUUAUUCAAUUGCAUAUUCCCAAUCUGCACAUUUUGCAUUGAACAUCCUGGGUGUAAUAGCUUUGUUUUGUGGCAUAAUGUCACAUGAAAUUAUGGUUAGGUAAAAUAUUUUAAUUUAUUUGAUUAUUAAUCAAUUAAACUUGAAGUUUUAAAAUGCCAGCCUAAUUUUUUUUUUGGACAAUUUAACCAUUUAAAAUCAAACAAUGUUGUUUUAGAGGCUACUGACAACAUUUUUACACCACCAGCACAAAAAUAGGCUAUCAGUUGUUAAUGAGCUGGUCUCAUAGCAAAGAUUUUUUUAAAGUCUUCUUUGGUCUCGUGGCGGGAUGCAGGAAAAAUGAUGUCUUGCACAGAUUUCGAGUGUGAGUACACUAUGCUCCUCAACCUAUCAUCUUUGUCUAAGUAUAGCAUCUUUUGCAAUGUGUGCAUAAACAAAAGUCCCAGUAGAGGCACUCAGUUGGUGUGGCUUUGACUGACACACACUGCAUUAGAUGUCACUGGAAGAAACAUUAGGAUGAGAUUCAUUGCGCAGUAUACUGCCAAUUUCUUCUUUGUGUCCAAAUGUGCAAUACUGUUCAGUGGUAGAAAGUGACAUGAAGCUUGACCCUGAGCUAAGGCUAUGAAUGUUGACGAUAAGUGCUGCUAAGUUACAUAUUGUAUGUUUAGACAGACAUCUAGGAGCCAUAAUGUAUUAUUUGUCUUUUAAAGUAUCUAUUUCAAAGAUUGCAGAUGCAGCCUUUAGUGUUAUUUCUAGCUGUAGACAAGCAUGACUUUGUCAGUGUGUUUUCCAAAGCUUUAGUGCACUUUCUUCCUCACCAGAGACUUUUUCUCCCCAACAAGAGCAGAAAUUUUUCUUACCCAAAGCCAAAUGUGUCCAUAUAUAUAACAGAGAACCAUAGCUCUUCUGUUAGUUGACUUGAAACCUUUUCCUCAUCUAACAGGGGUUGGCUGGUGAAACAUGGCAUGGGAGAUGUGCAGAAUUUGGACACAUCCUAAUUAACCCUCUCAUUUCAGCACUGCAGGUGUGAAGUUGUUUUUGAUUUUUUUUUUUUUUCUGAAUGUGCGCUCGAUUUGUCUUAUUAAAGAUCAGGAUUUAUUUCACUUACAAUCAGAAAUCCUGAAUGCUUGGAGCACACUUGACUUCAGGCUUAUGCUAGACUGAUCUUUACCUGUUACUCUAGGUGUUACUGUGGCACAUUCAAGCUUGGAUAAUGUCAGUGGAUGCCAGAAUGCUUUAGUGUUUCUCUGGCAAAGAAAUCUAUUAAAGAACUUUAUCUGUUCUCACAGUGGCACUUUUCCUGUCUUAGGUCUAUAUUUUUCUACCAGGGUCUUCCCACCUUCCUGCACAAACCAGAGCCUGUACACAUUUUUUAAAACAAAUCUUUUGUAAAUUAUAAUGCAAAUACUGUAAAUUGAUAUUGCAGUUGUUCAAAACUGUUUAUGUCCUUUUUUCAAUAAAAACUGAAAUUCA